AUGGCCAUCCAUCUUGAUGUGAGCCAAUUGAACACCGUCAUAGGAAUCUUCGGCUUCUUCAUUGCGGCUUUCGGAUUGAUCUCCAUCAAGCUGAAGAACCACUGGUACUUGGGAGAAGCUCUACCUGCAUUCGUCUUCGGGGCGAUCAUGGGACCACUUGCAAUCAACUGGCUUGACAGCAGGAAAUGGGGAUCCGCAAUCAUCGGGCAAGUACCAGAUAUCACUCUCGGUAUGACCCGCGUCGUUAUCGGCAUUCAGCUCGUAAUGGCAGGCUACCAAUUGCCUGCCCAAUAUACCUGGUACCGCUGGAAGGAGAUGAUCAUCGUCCUCAUUGUCGUCAUGACACUCAUGUGGCUGUCUACGGCAGCUUGCAUGAUGGCAAUGGUACCUAACAUCACACUGCUGUCUGGUUUGGCAAUCGGCUCGCUUGUGACCAGCACCGAUCCUGUUCUCUCACAAGCUGUGGCUAAAGGUCCUUUCGCGGACAAAUUCGUCCGGCGCAAUUUGCGUGAGAUCAUAUCGGCUGAAGCUGGAGCUAACGAUGGCUUCGGAUUUCCAUUCCUCAUGCUGGCUACGUAUCUCAUCAGACACGCUGAAUCACCUCAACUAGACGCUGAACUUGCGGAGUAUGAGUCAAAUAAGGCACUGGGGACCGGACAGAGCUUUGUGCGAGGCUUGAGUAGUUUGGUCGCCCGUGCUGGUGAUUCCGACGCGAGCGACCUCGGCCGACAUGGUGGUGGGAUCGGUGUCGCGUUAAAGAAUUGGACACUCGAGACAUGGCUAUACUUCGUCCUCAUGUCGAUCGCGUACGGAGCUGUCGUUGGUGCCAUCAUGCUGUUCGCCACGCGUUUCGCUAGCAAGAGAAAGUGGAUUGACGUUGAGUCCUACCUCCUUGUUCCUACUGCUAUUGGCCUCUUCGCAAUUGGCACCUGCGGGUUGAUUGUUACCGACGACCUGUUGGCCUGCUUCGUUGCUGGCAGUAUCCUCAACUGGGAUGGCGAGUUUCUCCGAGAGUGUGAAAGGAAACAUGAUGAGGUCAAUGGUGCCAUCGACGUUAUCCUCAAUCUGGGCGGCUUUGCAUACAUUGGCAUGAUCAUUCCGUGGCGAGACUUUCAAGAUCCGGAUGGCACUGGGCUGACAGUUCCUCGCUUGAUUGGACUUGGUGUCAUGGUAAUGUUGUUUCGCCGUCUGCCCGCCAUCUUUGCCACAUACAGGCUGAUGCCCUCGUGCAUCCGCGACUGGAAAGAAGCACUUUUCAUGGGCUAUUUUGGUCCGAUCGGAAUCGGCGCUGUGUUUUAUGUCGAACAUGCAAAACACCUCUUUCCGGAUCUCGAAGACGCUCAGACUGAAGAAGAGCGCACUCUGAUUCGUGUGAUGGUUCCCGUGGUGUAUUGGCUUGUACUCUUCUCCAUAGUCUUUCAUGGCUUGUCAAUCCCUGCGCUGAACGCAUUCUAUGUCUUCAGAGGCGUUGAACCCGUUCAGGAUGAAGACGGACCCGUCGAAGUCAAGGUACUGUCGGAGAACAAUCCGCUUCCGAACAACGCUAUCGCUUCGAGACAUGGAUCUGUUUUGGUGAACAAUAGGUUUUCGCGUGCUUACAAUACAGCUGAGCUCAAUAUGAAUGCUGUGGAGGACUACCGCCGUCGAACUCAGGUGUGGGAGAGCGCGCAGCUGAAACUCGAGGGAGCUGGUGACGUCGGCGUCGCAAGACGCAAGACUGUACUUCAAUGGCCGAAUCCGUUUGAUCAGUCUGUGAUCAGGAGAGGAGAAACCGGUCAGGACGAGGAAACGCCCACAUCUGCAGGCAGAGGAAGCCGUUCCAAACCAGAGAAGAGUGAAUGGGUGUAG